CUUGGAACACUGGGGCGGUAGAAGCAUCACUACUAACAAACACCAACACGUUUUGUUUGGCACAACGCAACUUAAUAAUGUGACGCGGGAGCACGAAACUCACCAUACUACACAACACCAUAACCCGCUUGAACGUUUGGUACUCUUCGAUUUGACGCAACCCUUUCUCUUUCUCUCUCUUUUCCUCUUACAUCACUCGCCGGAGUCUAACCUCCUCCGCCAUUUCUGGCAUGGAUGUGCCGAAGCACCGUGCCACUCGAACAACCUCUCUACGGGACGUCUCCGACUUCUCCAAGAUGGAAGUAACCGGAAGCUGGGACGCCCUCGAAUGGACCAAAAUUGAGCCAAUUACGCCCUUCGUCUCGAAUGCGAGUUUCGAUUUCUUGAUCGAGGCGGAGCAAGUUGUCGCCGAAGGACAUGGUGUUGUUCUUGUUAAUACAGAUGAUGCUGGCACAUUGAUGGUAACAAAUUUCCGUCUUAUUUUUCUGAGUGAGGGAACUAGAAAAGUUAUUUCCCUUGGAACGAUUCCACUAGCAACCAUUGAGAAGUUUAACAAGAUAGUUGUAAAGGUUCAGUCAAAUAAUCGUUCUGUAGACAAGACACCAGCUCAGAGACUGCUCCAGGUGAUUGGAAAAGAUAUGAGAAUUUUAGUCUUCAGUUUCAGACCACGUACAAAACAGAGACGUUUGGUGUUUGAUGCGCUACUGAGGUGUACAAAGCCAACAAGAUUAUGGGAUCUUUAUGCUUUUGCAUCAGGACCUUCUAGGUUUAAGAACACUACUCCACUGGUCCGUUUACUAGAUGAAUAUUGUCGGCUUCUUUGCCUAGGUUCUUAUCAUGCAUCAAUCGAUAUAAUUGAAAAUGGGUCGUUCACCUGGUCAAAUGAACUAUGGAGAAUAAGUAGCGUGAAUUCCAGUUAUACAAUGUGCCAGAGUUAUCCAUUUGCUUUGGUUGUUCCAAAGAUCAUUAGUGAUGAAGAAGUGCUCCAGGCAUCCAGCUUCCGUGCAAGAUGUCGACUGCCUGUAGUUUCAUGGUGCCAUCCAUUGACUGGAGCAGUUGUUGCACGAUCUUCUCAACCCUUAGUUGGUAUUAUGAUGAACAUGAGGAGCAACAUGGAUGAAAAACUUGUGGCCGGACUCUGUAGCAAGCUAGAUAAUGGCUCAAGGAGAAAGUUAUAUAUUGUUGAUGCACGGCCAAGAAAAAAUGCAUUGGCUAAUGGAGCCAUGGGAGGUGGUUCAGAAUCAUCGUCAAACUAUUUUCAAUCUGAGGUAGUCUUCUUGGGGAUAGACAACAUCCAUGCGAUGAGAGACAGCUUUGUUCGGCUCCGAGAAUACAUGGACACUCAUGGCAGAGCGUCAUCAGAUGGAAUGUCCUCUUUCUUGAGACAAGGUGGGUCUACGUGGGGUGGUGGCAAUCUAAGUAGUAUGUCUGCUUCGGUAUCAACCCUUGGGGACAUUGGAUGGUUACUGCAUGUUCAGAAUGUGUUGGCUGGAGCAGCUUGGAUUGCUGCUCGUGUUGCAAUUGAAAACUCUUCUGUUCUUGUGCAUUGCAGUGAUGGAUGGGAUAGAACAAGCCAGUUGGUUUCACUUGCUAAUUUGUUGCUUGAUCCAUACUAUCGGACAUUCACAGGGUUUCAGGCACUUGUUGAAAAAGACUGGCUUGCUUUUGGUCAUCCAUUUUCUGACCGGGUGGGAAUGCCAUCUGUCUCUGGAACUGGCAACAUGCCUUUUGAGUUAUCUAGGCAGCCUUCAACUGGAAAUUUUGCACCAUCACCCAUGCACCAGUCAACAGGAACAUUUUCAUCACAACCUCCAGCUUCAUCUCACUCCCAUAACUCCAACAACUAUUCUCCUAUUUUUUUGCAGUGGGUUGAUUGUGUUUCACAAUUAUUGCGGAUGUAUCCUUUUGCUUUUCAAUUCUCGGCGGCUUUCCUGGUGGACUUCAUAGACUGCAUGCUUUCUUGUCGUUUUGGAAACUUCUUAUGUAACAGUGAGAAGGAGAGGCAGAAAUGCAAUGUUUUUGAGGCAUGUGGAUGUCUGUGGGUUUAUUUAGCUGAUUUACGGACAUCAGAAGGAGGUUCCCAUGUGCAUUACAAUCCCUUCUAUGAUCCACUCAAGCAUAAUGGUCCUCUUCUACCCCCAGCAGCAGCAUUGGCGCCUACGUUAUGGCCCCAAUUCCACCUUCGUUGGGCAUGCCCAGAAGAAGCACAAGCUGGGGAGAUUGAAGCGCAAUGCAGGAAGAUAGUUAUGAAAUGCUCUGAGACGCAGAAGGCUAAAGAAAUGGCAGAAAGAAAAGUUAAAGAAGUUACAAAUUCCAUGGAGUCACUGAAUGCUGAAUUACGACGUGAGAAGCAGAUAAACAGCUCAGCUAUGAACAUGGCAAAGAGUGUGAGCAAAGAAAAUAUGGCUAUAAAGCGUGCAAUUCAGUCAAUGGGGUGCAAGGUUCAUGUCUCUGGUAGUGGUGAAUGCACUGUUGACAUUGAAAGCAACCCAGACAUUCUGUGUUGUUCCUCAAGAAAAGAAUCAAAUAGUAAUGUGCGUGAUGACAAAACGGACCCACCUGUUUCAGUACUAGUUACAGCAGAUGAUGAUGAUGAUGGAAACAAUGGGAUUGUUAGGGUAUGUGAAACUCUAUGCCCAUUUGGCUCUGGAGGUGGAGGCUGCAGGUGGCCAAAUGGUGGUUGUGCUCAAUUAGGUAGCCAGUAUGUUGGCCUCAAGGCAAACUUUGAUGCAUUUGACCAACUGUCAAUUAAUGAUAGUUAUUUCAAGUCUGAGUGAGCAGUGAACAGUUGCGUAACCAAUUUUGGUUUCUUUAAACAAUGAGAAUGGUCGUUGAUUCUUUUUUCCACUCCUCGUGACGAAAAAAAGGGGAGAAGUAGAAGACCCUGUCAUUUUUAUAGGGUCUCGGAAAUUGUACAGGUUAUGGGUCAUCAAGCUGCAGACAUCUCUAUUUGAGAAUACUCGGUACAUUCAUAUCUAGAAUAGUCACUGAAUCAUAAUUGUUCUUCAAUAAGAUCAAUUUUGUACAGAUGAUCAUCAAGCUAUUGAAUUUUAUAUCUAGAGGGAUCAA